AUGGCGCCGGGCGCGCCCCGCCGCACGCCGGGACCCCCCGGUACCGCCCGCGCCCCCCCGGUGCCCCCGCCCCGCCCCGGGAGGAAGAACCGGAGGAGCUCCGAGUGGACGAUUCAGCAGAAGCUGCGGGAAUUCUUUGCCAUCCCGCGGUGCCUGGUCAGCGUGUUCAGCCUCUUCCUGGUGGAGCUGAUCCGCUUCCUUGGCGAGGCCGUGGUCCAGGAUUUCAUCCCAAAUCCAGGCGUUGGUGGUCGGUGUCCUGACAGCCAUCGGCGACCAUGUCCUGAAGCCCUUCCUGGCAGCAGCGUUUCACAGCCUCCUGCAGCCGCUCCUGCUCUUCCUGCUGAAGGUGCUGGGCGGCGUGCGGGACCUGACGGAUCCUGUGCUGGACGUGGUGGCCCGGGUGUGCUCCCAGCUGGCCGUGCUGCUCCGUGCCGUCCGGCUGGUGGAGAUCCGCCUGCGCCCGGACCUGCGGGCUGGCCCUGGCGACGGCGGCGGAUGAGGGCGGGCUGUGGGUGGCCAGACAAGAUAAGGAAGAAGAAUUGCUGGGAAUUGUGGGGCUGGCUGUGCCCAGGAGGCUCUGGAGGGACCGUUGUCUCCGUGUGUGUCCAGGCAGGGGGCAGCACACAGUGUGCUGGGGGGGGUUGGAUGUUCUAGUUUGGCAAAU